UAACUUUCCUUCCGGUUUGCAUGAGUCACAGAUUCAUUCAAAAUGGCAGAAACAGCGAACGUCGAUAGAUGGAUAGAAAUUGCGAAACAGUGCAAGUAUCUUCCAGAAAAUGAUUUGAAGAAAUUGUGUGAUGUGGUAUGUGACCUGCAGUUAGAGGAAUGCAACGUUCAACCAGUAUCAACUCCAGUUACAGUGUGUGGCGAUAUACAUGGACAGUUUUAUGACUUGGAAGAGCUUUUCAGGACUGGUGGUCAGAUCCCAGAUACAAGUUAUAUUUUCAUGGGUGACUUUGUAGACCGAGGUUAUUACAGCUUAGAGACAUUCACCAGGUUACUCACACUCAAAGCAAAAUGGCCUGACCGUAUUGUUCUGCUGAGAGGGAAUCACGAAAGCAGACAAAUUACACAAGUCUAUGGAUUCUAUGAUGAAUGUCAGACGAAAUAUGGAAACGCUAAUGCAUGGAGGUACUGCACCAAAGUCUUUGAUCUUCUCACAAUCGCUGCAAUCAUUGAUGAGCAGGUUCUGUGUGUACAUGGAGGUCUGUCACCAGAUGUCAAGACCAUCGAUCAAAUCAGAAUGAUAGAACGAGCUCAGGAAAUACCUCAUAAAGGAGCAUUCUGUGAUCUUGUCUGGUCAGACCCCGACAAUGUGGAAACGUGGGCCAUAAGUCCGAGGGGGGCAGGCUGGCUGUUUGGUUCAAAGGUUACAAAUGAGUUUGUUCACAUCAACAACCUGAAGCUGAUAUGUCGAGCUCACCAGCUUGUGCAAGAAGGAUACAAGUACAUGUUUGAUGACAAGCUAGUAACAGUGUGGAGUGCCCCCAACUAUUGCUACCGCUGCGGAAACAUCGCAUCGAUACUCGCUUUUAACGACGCCACCACCCGAGAAGCCAAACUAUUCCGUAAUGUUCCAGAUAGUGAACGUGUGAUUCCGGCUAGGACGACAACGCCGUAUUUCCUCUGAUUCUAUGUAUACUAAUCACAUAAAGACUGUCUGAACCAGAGAAUCUUUGGAAUUAAAUAGAAAUCACCUGCACAUUUAAUUGUGGAUUGGCUCCUUAUGUAAUUCUAAUUUUAUUCCCCUCAAUAAAUUAGUAAUGUACUUUGCUCUAGAAUGCAUGUGGUGUCAAAGUUCGUAGUCAAAAUACAAAUAAAUUAAUCUAUAUUUUGGUCCUUCUUAUUAAAGCCAAUAAUUAGAUCAGGAUUUAAAACUAUGCUAUGUAUUUUAGAUAUUGACUUGGUGAAAAACUGUAUGUAAAAGAAACAGGUACCUGUAUGUAAAUAAUGAGAAAAAUAGCCUUUUUAGAUCUGGAUGGAAUAAAAGAUUAAGUUCAGGUGUGGAUUCGUUUUUUUUUUAUCAAGAAAGGAUGAAUAUUUUUUUAUGUAAAUCUUCUCAUUUGAAUACAUCUUAAUGAUGUUUAUUCACACAUUUUACAUUUUCAGUGUCUGCUUUUUGCUUUUUUGUUUACCAAGAAGUUUAUGAAAAUCGCUGUUUUCUUUUAUUCCGUCACUCCCAUUCAAUCACCUAUGUCACAUGUAUAAGUCUUUUUUAUGUACUUUUAACAUUAUCCUUGAUACAGUUUUUAGUGCCAGAUUUAAGUGAAUCAAAAUAAUAAGAAGUUUUCUGAAUAGGCAAUUUCCCAAUAGAGGAAAAAUUUCCCCUUGGCCAUAAAAAUGCGCAUGCAACUUUUAUGCAAGGGUGAUCUUAAUAGGCAAUUUCAUUUUUAUGAGUUUUAUCAUUGCUAUGAAAGAAAAACAUGGUGUUUGAUGCAUAGUGUUGAGUACACUCUCAGUAUAAUGCAAGUGAUUGAAGUCAUAUGGGUGCAACUUGCAUGCAUGUAUUAGGAAACACAUAUAUCACUCUACCAUACGAGGUCUUGUGUCCUCUGUCUCGAUUGAUUCAUGGUUGAAUGCUAUUUAAUUUUCAAUUAUAUUUCACUGAGCUCCUUUAUGUAUAUUGUAUAAAUGAAUAGUGAAGAGAUACCGGUUUUACUGCAUCUGUAUCUCUCAAAUAUUUUGUAAAUGACUGUAAAUAAUAUUGUGUAGUGCAUGUUCCUUUGAAUUAAAAACAAUGGAAACGGAUGAAGAUACAUUGAGUGUUUUUAGUACACCAAAAGACAAUAUGUUCUCUUUGAGGCUGCCAUUGGGCUUUAGGCUGGCCUAAAGGACAAUUAUGUGGCAUUACAUUGUCCUUGACCUUGACUUCUGGCAGUCAGUUCUUGGCCUUGGCCAUGGUUUUCAGGCCUGGUGCAUAACACUGACCGAAACCCAAUCUUCCCCCCAAAAAAAAAAAUUAAAAAAAAUGAAAAUCAUGUCCCUGUAGAUGAAAAUGCAGUGUUUUACUUCUACCAUGUCAUUGCGAUAAAUCUUGACAUAGUAUUUGAGUUUUGAAUAUAUUUUAAUCUGAGUAGUGCCAGAAUUGAAAGUUUUCCAUCAUUCAGACCCCAGAUUAUCAAUGUUAUAUUGCAUAUUUUCCCAAUUUCAGUGAUGGUUAGCCAAAAAGUUAAUCUAUUGGGAAAAUACAUUACUUUAAUCAUCUUUAAAUCUUUAUGUGAUAAGGUAUAAAGCUAUCUGAAAAGCUAAACUACUAGAUUUUUAAAGCAUCUUCAAAUGUCUAUCCAUUUGUUUUUAGAAAUAUGUGUAUUUCCAUUUCAUGUUUUAUUUGAUAUUCUUUUAUUAUUGUUUUGAUUCAAAGCCAAUAUUUGUUUUAUGUUUGUGUGGUUUUAAGGUCAUUGAGAUGGUGAAGAGUUAUUUCAAGUUGAAUCAUUUUAUGAUCAGUAUUAGAUUCUUCAAGAUGGCAACACCCUGUCAUUUCCAAACACCUAAUUUAUUGUGUAAGAAAACUUUGUGGAUUCUCAAUGAUUUUUAUAAAGCUGAACAAAAAUACUCUUGAGGUUUGUGUAAGAUGGUACAUAUCCACUCCCUCGAUCCCCCAUUAAAAAAAAUGCCAAUUAUUAAAAUGGACUUUAAAAAUAUAUGUUUGAAUUAGCCAUUGUUGCCAAUUUAAAAGCAAAAUCCAUGAAGUUCAUGUGAUCAUGAAAAAAGGGGGUCCUAUUUUAGCCCAAUUCUAUCCUUGCAUCAUAUAAAUUUAAGGAUCGAAAAAGUCAAAAUUUAUUUGAAUUUUUCUCGCUAUAUUAUGCACAUGAUGUACUUGGCAUGUGGUCACAUUAUACAGGAGUGAGGGUGUAUACUGCAUUACCAAAGAGCUUUGUAGUGAAUAACAAAAAUGUAUCGAGUUUAUGUGUAUAAGUGAAAGCCAUAUCAUAUAAAAAUGAAGUUGUUGAAUCCAUACCUUAUGGAGUUAUAAUAACCAUGUCAUAUGAAAGUGGAGUUGUCAAAACCAUAUCAUAUGAAAGUGGAGUUGUCAAAACCAUGUCAUAUGAAAGUGGAGUUGUCAAAACCAUGUCAUAUGAAAGUGGAGUUGUCAAAACCAUGUCAUGUGAAAGUGGAGUUGUCAAAACCAUAUCAUAUGAAAGUGGAGGUGUCAAAACCAUAUCAUAUGAAAGUGGAGUUGUCAAAACUAUGUCAUGUGAAAGUGGAGUUGUCAAAACUAUGUCAUAUGAAAGUGGAGUUGUCAAAACCAUGUCAUAUGAAAGUGGAGUUGUCAAAACUAUAUCAUAUGAAAGUGGAGUUGUCAAAACCAUGUCAUAUGAAAGUGGAGUUGUCAAAACCAUGUCAUAUGAAAGUGGAGUUGUCAAAACCAUGUCAUGUGAAAGUGGAGUUGUCAAAACCAUGUCAUAUGAAAGUGGAGUUGUCAAAACCAUGUCAUGUGAAAGUGGAGUUGUCAAAACCAUAUCAUAUGAAAGUGGAGUUGUCAAAACCAUGUCAUAUGAAAGUGGAGUUGUCAAAACCAUAUCAUAUGAAAGUGGAGUUGUCCAAAACCAUGUCAUAUGAAAGUGGAGUUGUCAAAAACCAUAUCAUAUGAAAGUGGAGUUGUCAAAACCAUGUCAUAUGAAAGUGGAGUUGUCAAAACCAUGUCAUAUGAAAGUGGAGUUGUCAAAACCAUGUCAUGUGAAAGUGGAGUUGUCAAAACCAUGUCAUAUGAAAGUGGAGUUGUCAAAACCAUAUCAUAUGAAAGUGGAGUUGUCAAAACCAUGUCAUAUGAAAGUGGAGUUGUCAAAACCAUGUCAUAUGAAAGUGGAGUUGUCAAAACCAUAUCAUAUGAAAGUGGAGUUGUCAAAACCAUGUCAUAUGAAAGUGGAGUUGUCAAAACCAUGUCAUAUGAAAGUGGAGUUG